AUGGUGUUCGUUAGUCGAGUGUUUGAAUCAGAGGAUGAUCAUUUCCUUCAAACUGUAAGUCUGUCUCGUGGGGAAUACUGGAAUCCUCACUUACACCAAGAGAUCUUGCGUUAUGAAGCCAAGAAAGGCCCAGCAUCAUCAGGGGGCAAAUCUCCGCCACCUAGUAUAAGCACUAUGGCCGACCCUAAAUUUAAAGCCCCGGUACCGUAUCAUACGACGACUCUUAGUGGAAGGAAGAUAUCAAACCAAGCGGUAAAUGGCAUUCGCGAUCAGGCCGCUGAUCUUUAG